ACUUCCGCUCGGGGCGGCGGCGGUGGCGGAAGUGGGAGCGGGGCCGGAGUCUGGGCCAUAAAGCCAGAGGCGGUGGCAGCAGCAGUUUUGAACCCCUAGAAAAGCGCCUAAGAGUCUACCGAAGCCGGAAUUUGGGUUUUCCUUUCUGCUUCUGUUCUUCGUUGCUGCUUCUCGGCGGGAGCUCCUGCGACGCGGCCGGCCCUGAGUCCCCAGCGGAGCGGCGGUGUUUGAAGGAUGACCUCUAGGAAGAAAGUAUUGCUGAAAGUUAUCAUCCUGGGUGAUUCUGGUGUCGGUAAGACAUCACUCAUGAACCAAUAUGUGAACAAAAAAUUCAGCAAUCAGUACAAAGCCACAAUAGGAGCAGACUUUCUGACAAAGGAGGUAAUGGUGGACGACAGACUAGUUACAAUGCAGAUCUGGGACACAGCAGGACAGGAACGGUUCCAGUCUCUCGGUGUGGCCUUCUACAGAGGUGCAGACUGCUGCGUCCUGGUGUUUGAUGUGACUGCCCCCAACACAUUCAAAACCCUUGAUAGCUGGAGAGAUGAAUUUCUCAUCCAGGCUAGUCCCCGGGAUCCUGAAAACUUCCCUUUUGUUGUGCUGGGAAAUAAGAUUGACCUCGAAAACAGACAAGUGGCUACAAAGCGGGCACAGGCCUGGUGCUACAGCAAAAAUAAUAUUCCUUACUUUGAGACCAGUGCCAAGGAAGCCAUCAACGUGGAGCAGGCGUUCCAGACAAUUGCACGGAAUGCACUUAAACAGGAGACGGAGGUGGAGCUGUACAAUGAAUUCCCGGAACCCAUCAAACUGGACAAGAAUGACCGGGCCAAGGCCUCAGCGGAAAGCUGCAGUUGCUGAAGGGGCAGUGAGGGUAGAGCACAGAGUCCUUCACAAACCAAGAACACACUUAGGCCUUCAAACACAAGCCCCUCCUUGCCUCUUUCAAACAACACAUAAAUUGAUCUCUCAUUUCCAGCUGCCAAAAGAACCCCCACCGGACACUCACCCCCAUCCACCACACACACAGACCUGACAGAGCAGACAAACUCAAGCCCAUGCCAGUGACACAGCUUCCUGGGGUCUGCCCACCACACGGAGCCCUUGUCUGGGCAUCAGGACAGGCCAGCAUCCUCCUGGCUUGGAGUCGGCGUUAGAAGAUUGUUCUUUUUCACUGGAGAGAGAGAACUGUUUACAGUUAAUCUGUGUCUAAUUAGUUACCUGAUUUUUUUUAAUGGUCUUGUGGUCUUUUUACCCCACCUCACCCUCCUCCUUAUGAAGGCUACACCUUGGGAAGGCUUAGUGCCCACGGUUCAUUACAGGCUCACACCCAGUCUGAUAGGCUGAGUUUUGUAUGUAUCUGUUAAUGCUUGUUACUUUUAACUAAUCAGAUCUUUUUACAGUAUCCAUUUAUUAUGUAAUGCUUCUUAGAAAAGAAUCUUAUAGUACAUGUUAAUAUAUGCAACCAAUUAAAAAUGUAUAAAUUAGUGUAAGAAAUUCUUGGAUUAUGUGUUUAAGUCCUGUAUAGCAGGUGUGUAAGACAGCGGGGUGAAGCCCUAUCUGGAUUGCAGAGUGUUAGCAGCUCAGAAUUCGAAAAUCCAGCUAGAGGCAGUAUUCUGUACAGUAGACACAAGAAUUAUGUACGCCUUUUAUCAAAGACUUAAGAGCCAAAAAGCUUUUCAUCUCUCUAGGGGGAAACUGUCCAGUUCCCAUCUGUGUCUAAAUUUUCCAAAAGGUUGAUUUGCUUAAUACAGUGGUGUGUGCAAUGGAUAAAAUGGCUGUUAUUUCAAAUAUUAAAAUUCUCAUUUCCCCUUUUUUCUCCUGCUCCAUGCUUCAAACCUCCUGUUAGAUCAGCAUCUUACUAUAAGAGGGAAAGGAAAAUCCAAACAGAUCUGUCCUAGUGAUUUACCUUUGUUCUAGAAGGCACUCCUCUCGGGAUUGUGGUAUUCUUAGGUUAGCAGACGUUUCUCUCCAUCUCCCCUCCCGACUCUCCAGUUGCCCAUUAUUAAUUAACCUGUUUCUUUGGUAUGAACCCUUGCAGUUCUGCUCCCUCCCUAGGAUCUGCCCUGCAUUAUAGCUUGCUUAACGGAGCACUGUCCCUUUUUUCCAGAGGUCUACAUCAAGGGUGUGGGCCAAGUUCUUCUGUAAAGAGAUGAACGUGAUGCCAAUAAAAUUUAACAAGAACAA